CCCUUCAUUACCUACGCUAUCUAAUCCCUCCGAUCGUUGCUGACCUUGCCCUCGCCCUCCGCUUCUCCCGCCGUCUUCUCCGCCUUCCUCGCGCUGAGGUGAUGCCUUUCGCGCCCCGCGGCGAAACCCGAACAUUCGCGACUACGCUACCAGCAUGCUUUAGCGGCUUCAAGCAUUGAGCUUUUGACCGAGCGGCACUGCCGCGUAAUCAGCUGCAGCAGCAGCACGUUUCAUCGCAAAGAGCAGGGAUCCGCGCGUCCGUGCGCUUUCUCGUCGAAUUCCGCAACGAACGCUUUGCCUCCAAGAGAGCCGCGCGUCGUCGGUCAACUUUCAGCCGUCGAAUCGAAUCAACGGCAGCCGUAGCACGGCCAGUUAUCAGCUUCUUUAGAGAUCGUUUCAGCGACAACGCUCCUCUCGCGCGUCGUCUCGUCGACUCUCACGCGCAUUGGUCACUCCUUGUAUUUUGCUUCUCGCGUCGCUUCUCGUUCCCCAGCCGGACUCCAGCUCCGUAGAUCUCACCUCCUACAACGGUCCCUUCAAAAGGUCCCUGUACCGACUUCCACCGCUUCCAACUCCACUCGAAAGAAUCAUCCCAAGUCCCUUUCGCCACUGUUCCAAGUUUCUGAGCGACUUACUGACGGUUUCUGACCUGUUUUGACCCAGCAGUAGCAUUGCCGUACGAGCGCCUGAUUCCGCGCUGCAGCUUCCUGUUUUAACGCCGCACCUCGCGCCGCAGUUUCCGCCGCAGUUUCCGCCGCAGUUUAGCGCCGCAGCUCCCGCCGCAACUCCCAACCUGACCGUCUACAACCUCAUCUGUUAGCGUCUCAGCCGUGUCCGUAGCGCUAUUUCUGAAAGCGCGCAGCCGUGGCUACGGCAACUAUGGACGCCUGCGAAGUAGCGACGCCCGUUCUCCCCAUGGAUCAGCUAGGAGGCUCCGGCGGCGGCGGCGGCGGCGGCGGCGGAGGUAGCGGAGGUAGCGGAGGCGGUGGCGGCGGUGGCGGCGCCAGUGGAGGAGGAGGGGGGAGUGGUGGUAUUGGGGGGAGCGGGAGCAGAGGCGGGAGUAGCGGCGGGGAGGAGGAGCGCGUAGUGCGGCGCGUGGUGGUGUGCGAGGAGUUAAGAUGGGGUCAGAAGAAGCGAUUAAGAUACGUGCGCAACCCGACUGCGGCAGCAACCGCAGCAGCGGCAGCCGCAGCGCCGGCAGCGGCGAGUAAUAACUCGUCCCCGGCGGCAGCAACAGCAGCAGCAGCCGCGGGGGAGAGAACGGCGUCGCCUGGCGCUCGGCCGCGGAAUUCGGACGACGCGCAGCGCGCAACUCAGGCCGGAGGCGGAAGUGGCGGAAGGGGCGGAGGCGCAUCGUCGCUGAAGGACGUGUCGCCUGGCGGCGCCGCGCACGACUGGGAGCCCAAAAAGUCUCGCAAGAACGGCGAGACGGCCACUCCCGCAUCCAACGCCGCAAGAGGCGGCGACGACGGCGGCGGAGGAGGCGGCGGCGGUGCUGAUCGGGUGGAUAGUCGCUUCGGCGGCGGCGUUCGCGCCGGCGCGGGCGCGGGGAGGAGCCGGAGCGGAAGCGGAAGCGGGAGCGGAACCGGGAACGGGAAUGGAAGCGGUAGCGGAAACAGAAGCGGAAGCGGAAGCGGAGAGGGGAGUAGGAGCGGGGAUAGUAGCAGCGGCGGAGGCGCCGAGGACGAGGAUGAGAAGAGCGUCGCGGAGGGGUCGCACGGUAACUCCGCGUCUUUGGCGGCGCCGCACGUGAAUAAGAGGCACAAGGACUCCGCCAACGGCGCGUUAACCCCCCCGCUUCCCCGCGCAAGCGCCGCCGCCCACAACGAGAGAGAUACCGCGGUAACGAGAGACGGUUGCCGACUGAAGGGGAGCGGGGAGAGGGGGGGGAGGGGGGAGAAGGUCGAGAGAGGGGAGAGGGGUGAGAGGGGGGAAAGAGGAGAGAAGGGGGGGAACGCGGCGGGUGCAGCGGAAAAGGGCGCUAAGGGCGCAUCGGAAAAGGCGGGUGGGUCGGGGGGAGCGGCGGCGGCGGCGGCGGCGGCGCAGGGAGAGGGAAACAGCAUCGCGAGUCGCGCCGGCACUCGAGUCGCGAGUACCAGCAACGCGUCACACGGGUCGCACGCGUCGCACGAGGGAGAGCCCGACGUCGUCGCACCCAGGCAGUCGCAGCACCCCGCGAACCUUAGGCGGAGGCACGCGGCGGCUGCGGCGGGGGAAGGCGCGUCCGGAUCGGGCGCGCACGGGGGAGCUAACGGGGUCGCGGCGGGCGGAACCGGCGGAACGGGCGCGGGGACCCGCGCCGCCGCUGCCGCCGCCGCAGCAGCAGCAGCGGCGGCGGCGGCGGCGCAAGGAAAUGAGGAGUUAAGAGACGGUCGGGGCGGAGCGUCCGCCGCAUUAGACGGGCAUAGCCAUGGGCACGGACUGGGGCACGGGCACGGGCAUGGGCACGGGCACGGGCACGGGCAGGGGCAUAAUGGCAUGAAAUUAGAAGGGAAACUGACUUCGCAACAGCCGGGGCAGCACCACCCCCACAACCAUCACCACCACCACCAUACCAACGACAGCCACAAGAGCCACAGUAACAACCAGAGUAAUCACCUUACCAUGGACUUGCGGCAUCAUCCCCACCCCCAUUCCCAUCAUCCCCAUUCCCAUACCCACCCCCAUCCCCACCAUCCCCACCAUCCGCACAACGCGCCCCCACCUUCCGCCGCCGCGUUCGGCGCGCACCACGCGGGCGCGGGCGGGGGGGCGGGCGGAAGCGCGGAGCCCGCGGAGGUUCCGCGGUUCCUGCUGAGCCUGUCGCGGAGCGAGAAGGAGGACGACUUUUGGGCGAUCAAAGGGGGGAAGCUGCCACAGCGGCCAAAGAAGCGGUCGAAACUAGUGGAGAAGGGGCUGCAGCGUCUGCUCCCCGGUGCGUGGCUGACGGGUGUAAGUCGGGAGCGGUACGAGGUCCGAGAGAGGAAGUGCACCAAGAAGAAGCCGCGGGGCCUCAAGGCGAUGAAUGGGGCAGAGAGCGACAGCGACUGAGCAGUUGAGCGGGUGAGCGACUGACCUUGAGCUGUCAAGUGGUUGUGUGGGUGAGCAACAGCAACACACUCGGCUUGACUGAGCGCAGCUGGCAGGCAGGUCGCACCGCACACGCGACGGAGAGGCGAGUGCAAUAUGAAGGAAGAGCACAGCUCUUCGAGACAGAAGCAGCAGCAGAAGCCGAAGCAGAAGCAGAAGCAGAGCCAAUUUGUGCUCCUCCCAGCUGGCUGGUCAUUGCAGCAGCAGCAGCAGCAGCAGCAGCAGCAGCAGCAGCAGCAGCAGCAGCCAUCUUCCGUCUGGUGAUCUGAGAGGCCUCACGAGUCUUUCCUGUCUCUGACCAGUCCCACCCCUUCGUUCUCACCAGUCAGAGUCGAGGUGCAGGAGGUCCUUUGGAGGCGACUCAAGAGGCGAGUUGCACGAAAGAGACCCGGUGUGACGGCAAGGCAGCCAUCGAAGGGGUGGGACUGAUCAGAUCAGAGCCCACCGUUGUGGCAGCGGCGGCGUCAGCAGUGGGAAAAGCAGCCGCAGCAGCAGCAACAGCAGUACCAGCAGGAGCAGGCUGCAGGAGCAAGAGCAGGAGGCACUAUGUUCGCCCCACUUUGAACUCGCUGUAAGAAACAAGACAUGUCGCCUUUCUGCGAGGGUGAGAGGAAGGCAAGCCAUUUCACUUCAUGUGGUUUCUUCCAUGAUGCGCCACCCACUCAGAAAGGCGGAAGACGGGCUGUGUGGCAACCGCAUUGGAACGGAUUUGAUGUAGCUUCAUGUCGUUUGAUGUUUGUUGUCUAUAUUGCUUAGCUCUGUAAAGGAGAUACCGGAAUUGAUCCUUCUCGUAUGACUUUCUUCAAGCCCAU